GACGAGGAGACUCCUCGCCGUCGCCAUCAUCUUUGCGCGCGCGAGUAGUCUGUCUAGGAGAUGGUGUUUGUGGCUCGUGCGUGCGCGUGGACAGGACACAAUUUUCAACUUUUCGCAUUCUUCUUCUAUUCUAAAAAAACGCGACGAGACGGAAGGGAAGAAAGAGUCAUCGACAAAAGACAGCCACAACAACCAUGGCCGCCACAAGCUCCUCGCUCGACGUCUCGAAGCGCGACGCAACAAUCAAUCUCGGUGCAGGGCCCUCGUCGCUGCCCACGGCCGUGCUGCUCGAGGCCGCGCAGGGCCUGCUCGACUUCCAGGGCACGGGCAUGGGCCUCACCGAGCUCUCGCACCGCUCGUCGACGUUCAAGGCCGUCGUCGACUCGGCCGAGGCGUCGCUGCGUGCGCUCCUCGACAUUCCCGACGACUAUGCCGUCCUGUUCACCCAGGGCGGCGGCACCGAGCAGUUCAGCGCCUCGGCCCUCAACAUGCUCUCGGCCCAUGCGAGCCGGCGUGGCCCGGCAGCGACUGCCACCCCGACACCAGCCAAGUGUGACUACAUCGUGACGGGCAGCUGGACGGCAAAGGCCGUCAAGGAGGCCAAGCGGCUCGGCGUCGCAGCCAACGUCGCUGUAGAUGCGCGCGAGCACAACGGCGGCAAGUUCGGCGUCGUUCCACCCGUGUCGGCGUGGAAGCUGUCGUCGGCAGCCUCGGCCGAGGAUGCGCCGGCGAUGCUCUACUACUGCGACAACGAGACCGUGGACGGCGUCGAGUUCCCUGCGCCGGGCUUCCCUAUCGACGAGCUGCCGGCUGACUACGCCGAGCGGGUGCCCCUCGUGGCCGACUGCAGCUCCAACAUCCUCAGCCGGCCCAUCGACGUGCGCCGCCACGCGCUCAUCUUCUUUGGCGCGCAGAAGAACGUGGGGCCGAGCGGCGUGACCGUCGUCAUUGUGCGCCGCAAUCUGAUCGCACACGACCCCGACGCGCCCGCCGUCCUUGCGCAGGGCGGGCCGCGGAUCCCCACGACACUCGUGUACAAGAACCUGGCAGACAAUGCGAGCCUGUACAACACGCCGCCAAUGUUCAGCAUCUACGUCGCCGGGCUCGUUUUUGCCGACCUGCUCAAGCACGGCGGCGUGGCUGGCGCCACGGAGCGCGCCGCCGCCAAGAGCGGCCUCGUCUAUGGCGCCAUUGCCGACUCGCAGGGCCUGUUCGUGCCCACCGUCACACAGGCGGCGGCGCGGAGCCGGAUGAAUGUCACGUUCCGCGUCGUCUCGGCCGAGGGCACGCCCGACGACGGCCUCGAGGCGCGCUUCGUCGCCGCCUGCGCCCAGCGCGGCAUCGUCCAGGUCAAGGGCCACCGCAGCGUCGGCGGCAUCCGCUGCAGCCUGUACAAUGCCGUCACGCUCGAGCAGACGGCUGUGCUGGUGGAUGUGAUGCGCGCAUUUAUUGCCGACGAACGCAGCCGCCGCUAG